UUUUUCUUGCUGUCGUGGCAGUCACCUCUGAAUAAUCAAAAAAGUCGCUCGCGAACGAAAUAAAGUUGUACCACGCUUUGGGAAGAUUGGUACAAAACACUUUCUCAAAAUGCCUGGCAAAGGAAAGUUGACACAAGAGGAAGAAGUGCUUCUUCAAGAUUUUAGUCGUACUGUUUCAAAAAAAUCACAGGCGCUCUUUUAUGGAAAUGCUUUAAUGGUUGCUGUUUUGCCUCUAUGGUUAUUUUGGAAAGUGCAUCUUAUGGAUCCUAUGACGUAUGCCGUGCUUUUUGUUGUUGGAACACUUGCAUCAUCUUACCUAGUUGCAUUUGCUUACAAGAACACAAAGUUUACUCUAAAGCAUAAAAUUGCACAGAAAAGAGAAUCAGUCAUAGCUCAAGAGGUAAAUGCUGAAUUAGAUUCUAAGACAGAAACUAAGAAGUUAUCUCGAAAAGAGAAAGAUGAUCGAAUUUUAUGGAAGAAAAAUAACGUUGCAGACACGGAAGCUACAACGUUCGCCAUCUUCUAUAGCAACGCUUUGUACUUAUUCAUCAUUAUUAUGGCUUCGUUUUAUUUUCUGAGGUCAGCAACGCCUGCUGUAAAUUUCACCUUGUCAACAGGAAUGGCGGCUGGCCUUGUUGCUCUUUUUUCAACUGGAAGUCAGUAGUAUGACUGAAACAUGCUUUAGAUAUAUCUUUGUAUUUCUUACUCAAUAUUUCAUUUAUGUGAAAUUACAUUAA